CCAACGGUCUAAUUAAUGGCUACCAACGCCUGCCUCGUCGUUUCACUAUGGAUUUCGUGUUUGCUAGCCACUAGCCAUGCCACCACCUUCUCUUCUCUCCAGAGAACAAUCGUCCUCACGGCUUCACCUCAAGCCGGACAAGUUUUGAAGGCCGGAGAGGACAACAUAACCCUGACAUGGUCCCUUAACACCACCUUCCCAUCCGGGACUGACUCCACCUACAAAGACGUCACAGUAGAGCUGUGCUAUGCUCCGAUCAGCCAGAAGGACCGUGGGUGGAGAAAAACGGUCGACGAGUUGGCUAAGGACAAAACUUGCCAGCACAAUAUUGUCAAAAAGCCAUACACUUCUUCUAACACCACCUUCACCUGGACAGUGAGGAAGGAUGUUCCCGGUGCCACGUACUUUGUCCGAGCCUACGCCCUCGACUCUGCAGGCAAGGAGGUAGCCUUCGGGCAAACCACCGAUGCUCACAAGACGACCAACUUGUUCGAGGUUGAGGCUAUCACCGGACGCCAUGUGUCGCUCGACAUUGCCUCUGCUUGCUUCUCUGCCUUCUCCAUUUUGUCCUUGCUUGGAUUCUUCUUCAUGGACAAGAGGAAGGGCAAGUCAUCAAAAUGAUCAAGCAUGUUUGAGUUGUGAUUCUUGUCUGUUUUAAGAUACACAAGAGAUAGAGUUAUGUAAUAUGCCAUAUAUGGCUAGACAAGAAUCUUAUGAGGCCUAGAAAUAAGGAUAUAUGGAUAUGAUCAUGUAUGAAUAUGAUGUACCAGAUUUCUGUUGAUUUCAAGAAAUCAAAUGAAAUACUUUCAAUUUA